AUGAGAACAAAAGUUGACAAGAAUCCGAAGACUACGGUGGAACAGAAACACAACAUCAGAUCUGCAUCCCCAAAAGUGGUUUUGAAUGCCAAUGACUGUGCCCGGCUCCUUGACGGCACUGGGAAGACUUACGUGCUGUUGGUAGAAAAGAAUGGGAAAAUGGUCGCUGCCAACUCGAGAUCACCAGUGCAGUCGUCACCAGCAACUACUUCGUUAGAUCCUGCAUCUGUAGAAUCGUCAGAGCCUGUAGUUAGUUCUUCGUUAACCGAUGUUGGUGACGCAGCAGCAGUGGCAACAUCCCAGACACAGUCAUGCAAAAACGUUGUUAGUGUCAGCUCUAAUGAAUGCAGUAAGCCUGCUGAUGGCUGUAAACUUAUUGAAUACAGUAAAGCUUUUGACUGCAGUAAUCUUGCUGAAUGCAGAAUACCUGCUGAUUGCAGUGAAUUUACUGAAUGCAGGAAACCUGAUGACGGAAAACUUGCAGGAAUUUCUGACACAGUACCUGUUGAAAAAUUGACUAUUAAUAAUCCACAAACUUCACAUAGUUUGGAGAAAUCCACUCACAGUAAGAUUAUUCUGAAACCACCAAAGAAGCGAAGAGGCUUACUUAAAAAGUUUGAAAAUGCUGCAUCUGAAGCAUUGGCCCUUGACACUAUGACCAAGUCAGCUGUUACCUCGGUCGGAGUUGCCCCAGAUGUGUGUUCAGGACAGACCGAUGCAAGUUUGUCUUUGCCGUUGAAUUCUUCACUCGACGGGGCCAGAAAACACAGCAUAGAACACUUAUUGUGGCACCAGCCGACAUCUUCGGUCAGCACGGCCAGCCAGUCAUUGAUCUCAGGAAACUUUUCAUGCGAAUCGCCGACACUCAUCUUGCCACAGAAUGACCUACAGUCGUCAUUGAUAAACACUGCAUUGUUUAACUUAUCAACAUCAUCACCUAGCAUUUCAAACAGUUUCCCAGAGGCCCAGUGUCGUAUAUCUGAACUAUAUAGUCAUCCUUAUAGCAGUGCACAUCAUGCUAUUGGCAGUCAUGCUUUGAGUUGUCAGACCUCAGUCCCUGAGGUCAGGGUCACAACCAGGGAACAUUCUCCAUCACUGAGUCACCUUGACCUCUUGUCUGCCAAUCAAAUUACAGCUAAGCCUGCAUGCUUUCACCAUCUUCCGGAGCAGGUUGAGCCAAUGAACUUAUCAACAUCAUGCAAGUCUCAGAUUCACUCUACCACAGGUCUGGAUUUCCAGAAUUCAGAAGAUAAUCUUGAGGUAUGUUCAUUACAGGAAUCACAAUCUGUUGGCAUCUCUGAAGGGAGGGUGCCUGAGGCGGUCCUAAAGACACAUGAGGACAUCAGUGUCAUGAAUCAAAGUGAAACACUAGCAGAUGUGCCCCAGACUGUAUUACCUCAUACCAAUUUGUCUUCAGGUAUUUUGAAUGCAAACCAUUCUGCCCAUAACAGUGCAAUUGUCUUGGCAACUUUAGCAGAGAAAGAAGCCUGCUCAGUUUCUGGGCAGCCAAACUCUCCUGCGGUCUCACAAAGAUUGUCAGAUUCAGACUUAUUGCCCAGUAAUCUCCAGAGUCAGAUUACUGCAGAAGCUGCAUGCCAAGACAUAGAAACCAAAGGCUGUUCCCUUUUAGACCAGUUGCCCGCUUCCACUGUAAAGUAUUCACACUCAUCUAGAAGUGAAUCUUCCAUGCCUGAGAAUUCCUCCUCUUUGGACUGUCAGGCAUGCGAUGUUCAGAAAUCUACAACUGGUUCAUUACAUACUUGUCAAGAAUCUGUCUUUCUGGAAAAAGAAUCAGCAUCAAAGACUAAGAGGUCUCCUAAAAAGAGAGUAGAGACACCGAUGGAUGACAGGUCUCGUGAUGAGAGAACAACUAGAUAUUCACUAACAAUUGACGAUGUUAUUGCUAACUUUGUCUACGUACCUGAGCCCCUGGAGGAGUUCUCCUUGACUGAAGAAGAAGAGGCAGCAAUCAGAGAUCAGUUUCAGGACAUCCCGGAGGUGAGGAGCAAGGUGCACACAGACAUCAAUGCUAACCAGAGCAAACAUGAUCAGUUAGCCAAUAAUACUGAUACUUUAGACCAACCUGACCUGGGCAUUACAAGUGAGAAACUUUCUACAAGCAAUGGAACAUUGAACUUAGUCGCAUCUUGUCCAAAAAUCAUUGCUGCAACAGAUGGGACCACAAAUGAAUGCCAAGAAGGUCAUUCAACAGUUAAAAACAUUGACAGUGUUUUGGCAUUUGUAGCUGGGGACGUGUUCAACUCUGUGUCGCUAGUAUCAGUUAUCAAGAAUGCAGACACUAAAAAACAGACAAAGAGUAUCAGAAAACUGAAAAAAGUAGAAGCUGGAAAUAAAAAUGGGAAAGAAAAUAAAAUUUUAACAUCAGGUGAUGUUUUGGCUGGGGAGGUUUCAUUGUGUAUCACUAAUAUUAAACAAGAUUUUAGUUCAGCGGAAGGGCACAGACCCGGACCCGAUGUGCUUGUCUCAGACAGUGUUUCUGAUAACGGACAGCUAGCUCAAGAUACUAUUGUAAUUUCAAAACCGAGAAAACCUAAGAAGAAGAAAAGUGUUGGAAUGUGUGGUAAGCCUCCUGAGUUAGUUCAGCCAGAUGCAGAAGAUACAUCUGCUGAGACUGAAGCAAAGGAUGGUCUUUCUCAAGCUGCAGAUGUACUUUUGACUGCAAGGAAAGACACCAAAGGCAGCCUCAGAGCUAGCAAGACCAGAAAAUCUAGUGGAAGAGGGGCGGUUUUUGCUUCUGCCAUUGCUGGUCAGUCUGAUGUCGCCAAUGCUGGUCAGUCUGACGUCGCCGCUGACAAGGACAUUGUGAGUCUGAGUCGAGCAGAGACUUCUGAUAUUGGGGAAAGUCUCGCUUCAACUUCAGGUGGAUCAGAGCAGGACACUCCAGUACAUGAGCUGGAGUUGAAGGAUGAGCUGGUGAGUGCCAACCUGCAACCAGCGGAGAAUAGGGACACUGGUCUGGAGAGUGAUGAAGACUCUGGUAAACCGGUCAGGAGAUAUAAGAAAAGAUUAGACUUUGUUAAAUGUGAUCAUUGCGAUCACCAGUCGAGGGGGAGAUCAGCACUGAGCCGGCACAUGAAGAAAGUCCACAUGCUUGACAUCAGCAUGCCGUACAGAUGCCAGCACUGUGACUACGGCUGCACCAAAAUGGCAUCCUUGAACCGCCAUCUCUUCACACACGGGGUGUUUCCCUGUUCAAGAUGCAGCCAUGUGGCCGACGACCGAAUCAAACUGACUCAACACGUCAUUGAGGAUCACAGGGACAAACUCAAUAUGAAAUUGUGUAAGAUGUGUAACCGUUACAUCAAAUGUGACCAGGUGACCAUCGAGCAGCACAGCCAACAGUGCCAGGGGCCUACACCUUUCAGGUGUACAGAAUGUGACAAAGUCUUCAGAUAUGCAUCCUCACUCAGGGUUCACUACCACACACACUUCCCUAACCAGCCCAAGAGGUUCCGAUGUGAACAGUGUGACUACAGCACUAACUACAAGGCCAACCUACAUAAACACCAGAAGAACAUGCACGCCUGCAGGGACCGGGAUGUGCAGUGUCCCGACUGCAACAAGCUCUUCUCCACACAUGACAACAUGAGGAGGCACAGAAAGGUGCACACAUUGGUGCGACCUUUUGCUUGUCAGACCUGUGAGAAAACAUUCAAGACGCAAGGAGCUCUCCGAGGUCAUCAACUGAUCCACACAGCCAUCAGGCCCUACAUGUGCAAUAUCACCGGGUGCAAUCGCAGUUUCAGAACUUCCAAAUUCAUGAAAAACCACCAGGAGGAGUUUCAUCGGCUGGCACCAAAGAAAUUCUUUUGCCCAGUAGAAGGGUGUAACUAUUCUUUCUUCAAGCGUAGCCAUCUGAAACGCCAUGCCAUAACACACACAGGUGAAAGAAACUUCCAUUGUACUUGGCCAGGGUGUUCUAAAUCGUUUCGGCACUCGGACAACUUGAAGGUUCACUUCCGUGCCCACACGAAUGAUAAACCAGUCCGCUGUCACAUGUGUGACUUCAAAUGUAAGCAGUUGAACUCUCUUUUCUGGCAUAAAAAGAAAGUUCAUCAUGUAUUCGACAUUAUGGCUUAUCCCAAGCGUACAGAUCACAAACUAACAGAGGCAACAAAUGCUCUAAAAACUGCAACACCUGAAGUAGAUUGCAGCCAUGCGACACUACGCAUUGCAGGUUUAGAACCUGAAGAUGAAGGAAAUAGCCAGAUUUUGCCAGCUACUGAAGCUUCUGAAUCUGAAGUAGUGGGUGGCCAGGUUGCAUUUAUAGCUGUAAAUUCAGAAAGCAGUAAAUGCCAGAAUGAAACUGUGCCUCUGAUUUUCGAAAAAGCAACACUCACAGUGGGUGUUGAAGCAUCUGAUGUAGCAGCAGAGAAUCCUGCUGGUGUUCUGCCAGAAACUGAAGUCAAGGACUCUUUAUUUACUAGAACAGAAGAGACUAAGUUGGUUCCUUGCGACCAGAGUGUGGGAACACAGACUGCCACACGUGAGCCAGAUCUCUUGGAUUUGUACGAGUUUAAAUCUGAUGAUGAGUCAGAUGAGGAAACACCUGGCCAGUUCCGCCGAGAUAAAAAUAUGUUGACUGUUCUCACUCCGCUGCCUCCACCUCCCAAAGAGUUACUUCAUAGAAUUGAGUUGCAGGAGAUGAAAGAGAAGGAAAAGCGAGAAAAGGCUGAGCAGAAAGAACAAGAGAAGAAAGAAAGGGCUGAAAAGAAAGAUCAAGAAAGGAAAGAAAGGAUUGAGAAGAAGGAGCUGGAGAAAAAGGAGAAAGCUGAAAGAAAGGAAAUAGAAAAAAUAGAAAGAAUUAGAAAAAAGGAGUUAGAAAAGUUGGAAAAAUUAGAGAAGAAAGAAUUAGAAAAGAAAGAAAAAGAGGAACAGAAGCUAUCUGAAAUGAAAGAAAAGAUUGAGAAAAAAGAAAUGGAAAAGAAAGAUAAAGUGGGUAAGAAAGAAUUAGAAAAGAAAGAGAAAUUGGAGAAAAAAGAACAGGCAAAGAAAGAAAAAUUGGAAAGGAAAGAACAAGAAAGACGGGAAAAGAUUGAAAAGAAAGAGCAGGAAAUGAAACAAAAGCAGGGAAAACACGAACAGGGGAAGAAAGGAAAAGAAAAGCAAGCUGAAAUCAACAAAGCUACAACAGAUAACCUGAAAAAUGUAGGAAAGAAGAAGAAUACGGUAGGAAACAGAAUGGCUGGUAAAGAGCAACUAACAGAUGACACUGCAAUAGAGAAGUCACCGAAACGCUUGCAAAGAAACAAAUCUCCUGUCGCUGCAACAAUGAGCAGCUCCUUAGUGAGAUCUGAAAUGCAUACACGAAGCAAAAGAAAGUUAACGACAAUUAACAGUGAUGUCUCCAAAGCUGAAACUGACUCUCGCAGGCCAGGAGACAGCCAGGAUGUUGGCAUUUCUACACCAAAACGAAGGAAAGUUGCUACAAGAAAGAUGGAAGAGUCGGCCCCUGUUUUAUCUCCUAGAGCAGCUGCUGUUGGAAAGGCAACUACUGCCAUCAGGAAAAAUGCUCCAGCCGAGGUUAAAAAGAGAGACAAACUUCCUCUACCCAAAAGAAAACCAAGUGCCAGAAUUAAGGCAAAGAAGAAAGCAACAGUCAAAGAAGUCAGAAAGAUUCCGAAAGCUUCUAAAUUAAUACUGAGAAACCAGCCUGGUAGAAAAAAGUUAGUGUCACAAGUAAAGGAGAUUGUUCAAGAGAAACAAGAGAAGAAAACAGAAGUUAAAGCAAAGGUAGAGGACGGUGCAGCUGUCACAGUGUCAGAAGAGAAGGAGGUUGCAGCUACUGAAGUCCAUGAGGAGGCUGUGAUUCUUCCACAGAAGCCGUUGUCGCCAGCUUAUUCUGAAGAGAUGAUGUUGCAAGGCAGUGCUAGUCCAUACAGAGGUCUGUCUGAUGGGGAGAAUUUAGAAGAUGACGAAACUGAGGUGGAGGAAACACAGGAUCAGUCUCCCGGAACAUUGCUACCACAAGAACAAUCUCAUGCUCGGAGCAAAUCAGAAGCUGACAAUGAUUUACUGUCAUCAGACAAAGUUGAUAGUUUUGCCAUGGACAGAAAUGUUUCCCAGACAGUGGAUGAUUAUUCAGAUAAUGAGGUCAGCAUUGACAUCCCACUGACUCCUCCCAGAGCACCAGCACCUCCUCCAGUGGAGAGCUCUGAAGAUGAAAUGGAACCAGAACCGGAACCGACACCGACUCCGUUUUCAGUCCCUGGUCCGACGACACCGUUUUCUGUGCCUGCACCCAACACACCGUUCUCUGUCCCUCCUCCGACUAAUUUGAUGCAGCAGCAUUCAGUGCAUUCUGACGAGGCCACAGUGUCAGCAUUGCCCUCUGUAGCAUCAAUGGAAGUGCAUUCUCAGGCCUCUGUAGACAUGCAGCAACCUCUGGGAUCAGUAGAGAUGCACCCACAUGGGUCAGUGGAGAUGAGUCACCCGCAUGGGUCUGCAGAAAUGCUUCACCCACAUGGAUCGGUAGAGAUGAAUCACCCACAUGGAUCGGUAGAGAUAAAUCACCCACAUGGAUCAGUAGAGAUGUGUCACCCACAUGGAUCGGUAGAGAUGAAUCACCUGCAUGGAUCAGUAGAAAUGCAUCACUCACAGGGAUCAGUGGAAAUGUCUCUGCCACAUGGCUCAGUAGAAAUGGUGCAGUCUAUGAACUCACUCGAAGGCCAGCAUCCACACAGAACAGUCUCAGAGUGCAUGACCCACUCGGAGCAGACUUUGUCCUCUAUUAGAACUCCAGAAAGUGUCAUCCGAGACAGCAACAGCAAUUCCUUGUCUGAAAAAUAUGAUCUUCUACCCCACUCUCUUCAAGAGCAGGUGCAGACGUCAGACGCGGAUAAGGAAUACUUUGACCAGUAUUUGAAGAGCCUGAGUGCUGCCAAUAACCGAGCAGCCAAUGGUGGCCUUGGUCCUUCCCCUAGCGGCCUACAGCAGUUGGAGGCAAUGGUAUGCAAAUCACAUCUUCUUGAUUCAAGGGAAAUAAACAGCAAAUCACCCAUUAGCUCCCUGCCCAUCAGCGUUAUUACCAGUUUGGAGAACUCGUUAUCCUUGCUUCCACAUGGGGAUCUUCGUACAAGAAUGGAUGCUUUGGUAUCAGAUCGUCACGAAUCUCUGUAUGCAAGAGAUACACCCUCAUCACUUGCUCGGCUACCAGAUCAUCAGAUACCAUUGGCCAACCACCCCUGCCCUACCCCAUCGUAUGACACAUUUUCACCUCUGACCCCACUUCAUCCAUCAGCUUCAAACAGUGGUCGAGACAGUUCCUACCUCAGGCAGCCAGAGAAACUGUUCCCAACACCGCCUGGCUCUAGCAGCUUUAUGGCCGAAGCCAUGUUUCAGCGCCAAGCAAUGACCACACCGUUCCUCCCGCCACACUCUGACAAGAGCAGUUUAUCGCGGGCACCUGACACGACCCACUUGAGGUCCAGCUCCUCGUCAUCUCUGCUGCGGCGACCUGGAACCAUCCCAGCCUCAGAUAUGUUUUCUUCUCCAGCCAUGACACAAGCGGUUCCCAGGCAUCCAUUUGCAAACACUUGGGCCGGCCAGGAGAUGCGACCAACCCACUGGCAGCCACCAUACCUUCCACGCCAGCCGAACAUAAACUUCAUGUUUGACCCAUCCAUUCGCCCAGCUGCUGAUAGAAAUAUGUUUUCCUCUCUCUCCACCCAAAGCCAGGACUCCUUCCAGCUGGACCGAUUCGACCUCAGUAACUAUUUCCCCAAUGCCAAGACACCUUACGGGAGUUCCACAGGUUCCUUUGACUACAGCAGGUCAGUCCACACAUCAGCAACAAAACCAUUUGAUGACAGAUAUCGUCAGACCUCGACUUCUGCGGCCAUUUCCGAUUUUCGGGGAUUGCCUUCCACAAGUGGAUCAGCUGACAUGUUUCCUGGGCUGCCCAGUGUUAAUUCAAGCUUCAACAUCUACUCAGGCAGUCCCAUGGGUUACCACCCCCAGCACAUGCCAGACAAUGUGAACAGUGCGUUCCUGGCCCACCCUGCAACUUCCCAGCAUGCAAUGUUUGAAAGAGACUAUGCCAGCACGGCUCACCGAGGCUUGUAUCCCCAGAAUACACCGUAUUCUUUUUUGGAUGAGCGUCAGUAUGCAGGUGCUUCCAAACUGGCUCAUACUCACCCUGUAGCUCCUGCAGCAGUCCCACAAGAGAGAAACAUCAUGAGCAGAUCAGCUGCUGCAGACAGCCAGAUGCAGGAUCCUUACCGGAGCAUGUUGUACAGAUACUAG